CAAGGUUUUCCCUCAACAAGCUGAUGACAGAAUAAUUUCUUCACAUUGAUUGUUUGCCCCACUUGGACCUCUGGAGAUCUUUGUACAAGUGGAGAGAAGUAGAUCAAAAGGCUGCAAGAAAAAAAGAGGCAGAGAAUUGAAAAAAGCCACCAUAAAGAUCCUGCUCAGAUUUCAGCCUGGUGAUGAACAGACUUCAGGCUCAGAAUGUUUUCUGAAAAAGUUCUGCAGGACAGAGAAGUUGAACACUUGAUCACAUGCAGGAGCACAGGAUAGAUGGAGUACAGCUGACUCAACAGCUACAGGGGACUUGGGUUUUGCAAUGGAACAGGUAUGGUUACUGCUCCUGCUGACGAUUAAAGUGCUUUCGGUGACUGCUCAGUUCAACGGCUACAACUGUGAUGCUAACCUCCAUAGCAGGUUUCCUGCGGAACGAGAUAUCAAUGUUUUCUGUGGAGUACAGACAAUUACUAUGAAGAUAAAUUUUUGCACAGUUCUUUUCUCUGGUUAUUCUGAAACAGAUCUGGCACUGAAUGGGAAGCAUGGGGAUGCUCACUGCAGGGGGUUCAUCAAUAACAACACCUUUCCAGCUGUGGUCAUUUUCAUCAUCAAUCUGAGUACUUUGGAAUCCUGUGGAAACACUUUAGUGGUGUCCUCAGCUCGAGGUGUCAAUGCUUAUGGAAAUAUCUCAGUGGUACAGAUAGGUAAUGUUUCGGGCUAUAUAGAUACACCAGACCCACCAACUAUUAUCAGCUAUUUACCUGGGCUUCUGUACAAAUUUAGCUGUAGCUAUCCACUGGAGUACCUGGUUAACAAUACCCAGCUUGCUUCGUCAUCGGCUGCUAUUUCUGUAAGGGAGAACAAUGGUACAUUUAUCAGCACUUUGAAUUUGUUGCUUUACAAUGACUCAACCUACAGCCAGCAGCUCCUGAUCCCGAGUACAGGCUUACCUUUGAAAACUAAAAUAUAUGCAGCUGUGAGAGCAACCAACCUUGAUGGCAGGUGGAAUGUUUUGAUGGACUACUGUUACACAACGCCGUCUGGUAAUCCAAGUGAUGAUCUUCGGUAUGAUCUUUUCUUCAGCUGUGACAAGGACCCGCAGACCACUAUCAUUGAAAAUGGCAAGAGCCAAAUGGGACGGUUUUCUUUUGAGGUAUUCCGCUUUGUGAAGCACAAGAACCAGAAGAUGUCUACAGUCUUCCUUCACUGUGUGACAAAGCUGUGCAGAGCAGAUGACUGUCCCUUUCUUGUGCCAAUUUGCAGUCACAGAGAAAGAAGAGAUGCUGGUAGCAGAACAACUUGGAGCCCUCAGAGCAUCUCUGGCAAUGCUGUGAUCACUGCUGGCCCCAUCAUUACGAGGAGUGAUGAGUCACCAACCAACAACUCACAGCUUGCUCAACACGGACCUCCUUUCCAGCUGAAUUCAGUCACCAGUGCACUGAUUUCAGGUGUGGUCAUCCUUGGAAUCACAAGUGUUUUCUUUUUUGUGUGCUCCCUAACUCUACUGCACAGAAAUUGGCCCAACAGCUCGGUCUUGAGUGGCAUCCGAAACCCAGUUUUCAAUUGAAAGUGAUUUACUUGCACUUUUUGUUUGAGGUUGCCUUUCUUGUCCAUGAAAUAUUCUUCCAUUAAAAAAAAAAAAAAAAAAAAAAAGGCAACAUUCCAUCUGUAUCCAGCUUCUAUUCCAGCUAUUCUUUACUUGUAGACAUGUUAGACAUUGAUGUGUAGGUCAGUAGCAGUGAUAUUGGUGACAAUCCUAGGAAACUAAGAAUCUCAAUUGUGUUUGUGAUCAGACUAUAUAUGACACUAUGCCCAUGGGUGUGCUGACAAUAGAGCUUGUGUCUCCAGCUUCCCAAUUAGAUCUUAAAGCUGAAGAUGCUUAAGGUGAGAACCUAUCAAAAUGUGCCAUGCAAAACCUGACACAUUCAGAAACAUUCCUACGUCCAUAAAUAUCUGUUAAGAUGAGGAUCACUUAUAUUUUUUCAUGUUUUGUCACAAAUUUGAAAAAAACAAUUGUGGCUCAGGAGGAAACUGUUAUCAUCUGUCUUGGCUAAAACGAACCAUAGUCUUAGAGUAAUAAGUGACUUUUGCUUAUUAUUCAUUUGAAAAUGUUUUCUUAAGAUAUGUCUUCCACUGAAUUGUGGUGAGAGCACACUAAGUAACACAGAACAGAAUUUGGCUGGGUAUCUUUGAGUCAAAUGGUUUAGGGCAAAUUGCUAGAAAAAUGCUGUGAGUUUUGAGGUUGAAAUCUUUUUUCCGACCAAACCAUUGAGCGAGAAUAUGGGUGAGUUUUAAAUCUAACUAAUAUUCAGCAGAAAGUUAAUUAUGCACAUCUACAACCUUCUGUCAAAUUCUAACCCUGGGAAAUUCUCUAAGGGGAGAAAGUAUUCCUUUACGCCAUGCCUCCCUGAAGAGGCAAGCAAAUAAAUGAAUAGUAGAUCAAUGCUUAUUUCUUUAGCAGAUUCUCCCCAUGGAUUAGACUUCUUCACUGCAUGGAUGAGGGGAAGAAGGCAACUAGAAGAAUAACAGGCCACAGGCAGUACCAUGCUGUUGACUCUAGUUAAUCUGAUAAACAAAAGACUUAACUGAAGUGAUUGAGAGUGACCAGGUGCCUUCAAACAGGAGCAUAGGGCAGUGGUGUAGCUGUGUAGAAUAGACAAAAGUUCUGGUAUACUAGAGAGGCCGCAGUAGACAUGGCAUAUAUUAAGCUGGACUGGAUAGACAGUUGGGAUUUUGGUCACAGAUUCAACAGUUAAUUUGGAAUUUAUUUUUUUCAUGUACUGUACAUACUGGCCUAGAGAAACACCUCUUUAAUAUUUAUCCUCAUCCUAUUUCAACAAAGUAUGUGUUUUCAUUGGUGUAACACAACUGGAUAACGAUCAGGGCUCCUUGGCUCUCAAGACUGAAGACGUUCAGACUCUCAGUUUUCUGUGAUCCUACAAGUGCUGUGUAAAAGCCUGGUGUUCACAAAGUCCACUGUGCUGUAAUGUGGUGUCCCUAACAACCAAUACCAUGCCUGUUUUCCUCCAGUCUUAAUACCUCAAAAACAUUUUUGCACUUCAGGGGUUAGGUCUGAUGACAUGUAAAACAUGAUUGUUUAAUAAAAUUAUU